AGGCUAGAAAGUUCCGCGUUCCUGUCGUGUCGUAGUACCUCAAAGGCGAAAGGCACAAGCCAUCGGUGAAAUCCCUCGUGAAAUCCUUCCUCUUUGGGCCAGGCCCACCACGAGUUCAGUUCCCGAUCGGGCGCUUAUUACCGAUGAUACCGAUGAUGGUGUAAGUUUACUACUCGGACGUACGAGUGCGGGCUGGAAAGGACCUAGCCAGCGCAGUAUCUCCGGCGCGGAGACUAGGACCUUGGACAGGCACUCGUCUAUACUCUCCCUGUGCCCGACCCAGGUAGUAGUAGUCCAGCUACAAUGCGUUCGACCCUUCCCGCUCUCGCCUGCGCCGUCUUCAGCCAGACUGUCCACAGCCUGGCUGCGCACCGCUGGGAUGCUGCCCAGGAUACCCAACUCACCCCGGACGCCAUCGCAGACUUCGAUGCGGUCUCAUUUGGCAACCUCCGGGCGCAGAGACUAGCACGAUCAUCCAGAGCCGGACCCCAAUGCAAGGCAUUCCCCGGCGACCCAUCCUGGCCAAGCGAGAACGAAUGGUCUCAACUGAACCAAACGCUGGACGGCGCCCUCCUCAACCCCCUGCCCCCGGCGUCCGUGUGCUACAGCACCUCACCGAAUUUCAACGCCGAGGCCUGCCGCUUCGCGGUCAGCAACGCCAGCCAGACGACCUUCUACCUCGACGACCCGGUCACCAUCCUGACCCAGUGGCCGCAGGGAAACACCUGCCUGCUCUCCGCGAACCCGACGGGGAACUGCACCCAGGGUGGGUACCCGGUCUAUGUCGUGAAUGCAACCACCGUCAAGCAGGUGCAGGCGGCAGUCAACUUUGGGAGAAACAGGAAUGUCCGACUCGUCAUCAAGAACACCGGACACGACUUCGUCGGCCGUAACACCGGGGCCGGGUCGCUCAGCGUGUGGACACACUACCUCAAAGGUUUCGAGUUCCUCCCCAACUACAGCCAGCCGAACGGGACCUAUCGAGGCCCGGCCGCCCGCGUGGGUGCGGGACUGCAAGUGUGGGAGGCCUUUGCCCACGCCGAGCGCCACAACGUGACGCUGGUAAGCGCGUCGUGUCUGACGGUGGGCUCGUACGGCGGCUGGAUCACGGGCGGCGGUCACUCGCCGCUGAGCUCCAAGUUCGGCCUGGGCGUCGACCAGGUUCUGGAGUUACAGGUCGUCACGGCGGACGGGCGCUGCGUGACGGCUGAUGCGCAGAUGAACCCGGAUUUGUUCUUUGCGCUGCGCGGCGGCGGUGGGAGCACCUACGGCAUAAUCACCUCUGCGAUCGUCAAGGCGCAGCCCCAAAUCAACCUGACCAUCGCGAGCUUCACCUUCGCCCUGGGCAACACCACCUCGAUCACCCCCGGCCCUAGCGUCACGGUCGCCGACGCCAACGUCUUCUGGAAGGGCUUCAACGCGGUCUACGCCUUCGGCAUCCCGACUAUCGACGCGGGAGGCUAUCUCUGGACGACCGCCACCCCAGCCGGCAGCGGCCGUUACCAGAUGCAGGUGCAAGCGCAGAUGCCCGGUCUGACGCCGGCGGCAACCAGCGCAUUCGUACAGCCCCUGGUCCGCACCCUCAAUGACCUCGGUAUCCCCGUCGCCAUCAACACGCCAGCCACGCAGGUGUACAGCAGCCAUAUGGGAAACCACGGCGGUGGCCCAGGGAACAGCUACCUCGCCUCCCGGCUGUUCCCGCGCGCGAGCUUUGAAAACGCCACGCUCUUCGCCGCCGUCAUGGACGCGGCCCGCGCGACAGUGGAGGCGGGGUACACGUUCCACGGCCUCAACAUGGCACCCACAGUCAAAGCCGGCGGGUAUGCGGCACCGGCCGGGGUGAACCCGGUGUGGCGCGACGUGGCCAUGCAUGCCGACGUGUUCGCGAGCAUCAACAUGGGCACCGUGACGCCAGCCGAGGCCGCCGCGGAGCAGCGGCGUCUCAAUGGGUACAUGGACGCCCUCCGCGCGGCAACGCCUGGGGGAGGGGCGUACUUCAACGAGUGUGACGUGCUAGAGCCAGAUUGGCAGACCAGCUUCUUCGGGUCCAACUAUGAUAGGUUGGUGAGCAUCAAGCGGGACUGGGAUCCGUGGCAUGUGUUCUGGGCGCCGACGACACCCGGGAGCGAGGCGUGGGCCGUGCAGACGCCGACUGAGCUGCCGACGCAGAAUGGGCGUCUUUGUCGUGUGUAGUGUCCGAGUGCAGAAGGCGGUGAUCAGCGGUAUCAAAUCGCCCC